UGUUGGUGCAGGAAUUGUUCAUAUUUACUUGGACAAAACAAUAAUCCAGCGUGCGUGGUGUCUAAAAAUUCAGUACCUACAUAUGUUAUAAAUACAUAUGUUACAUAUAAAAGUAACGUCGAUAUUUAUAGGAGGCUUGAUACAAGCAUAUGCUAAAAAUCCUUUAUCAGUACCAGUUAUUAAAUUGGUGACUUCAUAUCCUUCUGUGCUAACAGUACUGCAUUGAAUUUCUGGUCUUAAACGAGGAUCACAGAAGUUGAAAAGCAUUUUUAUACUUUAAAAAUACAUAUAACAACAUGCUUUAAAGAUUUUCUAUUAACACAAGGCAAAUUCCAUUUUUGUUUUGAAAAUAGCGUGACCUCUACUGUUGUCACAAUGUACUUUAUGGUUAGUUUAGUCUGUAAGUACCGAAGGUUAGUCUGUAUGUAUCGAAGCUUAGUCUGUUAGUACCGAAGGUUAGUCUCUAACCUCUAAGUGAGUGUAAGGGCACGUGGGUAAGGUAUAGUAAACUUUCGAACGGGAAAUCGUUAUUAUUAUUGCAAAAUAUGGAGCAAAUAACAAUAAAAGAGGAAAUUGACGAUAGUGUGAGAGAAACAGAGACUGGUGAUAAUACAGAACUUAAAUACGAAGAAAAAUUAAAAUACACAAGCCUUAUAGCUAAACCCAUGGCCCCAAAAAAAUUAACCAAAAAAAUUUAUAAGUGUAUUAAAAAAGCUGCAAAGCAUAAAUCUUAUCUUCGAAAUGGUUUGAAGGAUGUUCAGAAGCAUCUUCGCAAAGGAGAACAAGGAUUGGUAGUCUUUGCUGGAGACGUAUUUCCAAUAGAAAUCAUGUGUCACUUACCAAUUGUAUGCGAAGACAAAAAUAUCCCAUACUGCUACACACCUUCGAGACAAGACAUUGGUGCUGCUAUGGGUGUGAAAAGAGGCAGUCUUAUGGUACUUAUUAAGGAACAUGAAGAAUAUAAAGAACUUUAUGAUGAAAUAAAAACUGCGAUGGUAACAUUAUCAACGCCACUAUAGAUAUAUAUUUAACCAUUUGUAUUUUUAAUCACUUUGUAAAUAGAAGAGAUUCAUAUAUCCUUAA